AUGGCCGCACCAACGUUGAAGCUCCAUUGGAAAAUGUUAAUUGAUCAAGACCGCAAUGGAGCGGCUUAUUUUAUUGGUCUUGAAAGUAUACACCAUGCAACACCAAUAAACUAUUUUGAAUAUCGUGGAAUGGAAUUUGAUAACCAGAUCGCGAUUGUUUCAGAAUGGAGGAAUUGGAUGUCUACAUUUUGUGGCUGUGAGCAUAAAGCUCUUCAAGAUUUGGGUCGAAAGCCACACAAUGAAGGGAAUGCAGCCCUCGAACACCUUGCAACAAAAGUGCUAAAGGGCCGAAAGCUGGAUAUGUUGACUAUUAGCAGGGAGCAACUGCGUCAGAAUGAGAUAGAGAUGUCGCAGUCGCUAAAGAAUGCGCCUAGAUUGGCAAGCUCCGAGGAGUUACGAAAGACAGCCCUAGAAGCUUUUGAUGAUGAACAAAGAGAGGGCGACAAGGUUGAAUUGCCAAAAGAGCUUGCUGCGGGUGCCAGUUGUGUAGUGAAGCGAUCUCAGCAUACUGAACAUCCGGCCAUCGAGAAGCGGCUGCGAGUCCGAGCAGGCAUCGACGAGAACCCUUCCAGCUCGAGUGCAUCCCGGACACAAUCAUUGAGCACGAUGCCAAAUCCAUUUUUGUCCGAAGACGAUGCUUGGCAGGAUUUCGCCUACUUUACAUCGUUCGGCCAGGCGUCAACCUGGACAUAUGGUGCUGACGGUCCUGAUGCCAUAGACUAUCUGUCCUUGUUUAAGGAAUACCGAACAGCUCAGAAAACAUCACUGGCGCUUGAUAUGGUCGCAGACGUUUCCACUAGUGGCUCGGAGUCCGGAACGUUUAUGGAGUGGAUCAGAAAGAAAUAUGGGUAUGCAGGCUUGAGGAAUGCACGAUAUAGAGCCCCUACCUCGACAGCCAUCAAAGACAUAUGGCCUACGUUCGAUACGGUGGUGGAGCGCAUCUUUGCCCCUGACGUCGUGUCGUACGAUGAUGUUUGUCGUUCUGUUGUCAUAGAGCCUGAUCAACUCGAUCCACUCGUGACAUACUGCAGUGCUGUACUGAGGUCAUAUAUGCAUCAUUUUACCUUCAGCAGCACUGUAAGGAAAGACAUCAAUGAACGGGAGGCGUUCGUGGAUUUCACUUGGUGCUUCAUUCGUUCAGCUCUGACCAUCGCAAAGAUACCAUCACGGAUGUUAGAGGUACAGAUGGAUGGUAGCAAGGAUCGAAAGGUGGAGACCAAGCAGAAGGGGACACGGCAGAAUACUCCAAGGAGGGUGGAUGGUGUAGGAUUGUAUAAUGACAAUCAGAUCUACAUAGCGGAAGCUGGGCAGGUCUAUGGUGCCACCUUGGAGAAGAAGGAGGAAGAUGCUUGGAAGGUCAAGCGUGCCAUGCGGGAUUCAUGGGUGUCCCAGUUGCGUCGCAUCUGUGAAACGCACAGGCCAACGUCACCAUUGGUGGUGUUUGGGUCAACAUCACAUUUGCAUACGACCAAAUUUUACGCCAUGGAUUUCGUCGGAUGCUUCCGCGUCUCCGUUCUGUCAUCAAUGGUGGUCCCACUGAGCAGCGAUGAUUUUGCAGACAAGAUGAAGGCAUGUAUGUUGACGUGCCUCAACUUCGCCCGUAUACUCUUGGCCGAAAUCGAGAGCCGCAAGAAGGCCACUUUUAUGUUCGAUCAGGAGGAGAAAGAGGAGCUUCUUGAGCUUGUUGCCAGCAUCCCUGCAACCAGCACGACGCCCACCAAGAAGGAUGAGAAGAUCCUUCACUAG